AGGGAGGAUGAUAUCAACAAAUAUUUGGAUUACGAAGCUUUCAGUUGGAACUUGUCAAAGGAGGGUUAUAUGAUAAAGUUCGCAUUUGACCAGACAUCGUUUCAUUGCGUGGAGCUACCUACUUCAGAUUGGGCGAAAGUUGCAUUAAUAUUACAGAAAAAAUGCCUUAUUGUCAAUUUAACAGAAUUAUAUCCUGAAGACUUCAGCAUUAGGCAGCUAGUCAUCCAGAUCCUGUGCCGUUCACAGCAGAAUUAAUAAAAAGUCGGAGACGGUGGUUGGGAUCGGAACAGCGUUUGGAUAUCGAAGCUUUCAUUUGGAAUUAAUUAAAGGAAGGUUACAUACCAAGAUCGCAUUUGAGCAGACGUCAUUUAGUUGCGUGGAGCUACCACUCAGCUCUAGAACUUCAGAUUGAGAGAAAGAUCAGGACUAUAACAGAAGAACUGUCUCAUUAUCAAUGUAGCAGAAUUAUAUCAGGAAGACCAAGAGCAUCAUCCACAAGACAGUGUCCGCCGGGUCUUCAGCAUUAGGCAGCUAAUCAUCUAGACACUAUGCCGUUCACAGCAGAAUUAAUGAAAAGUGGGAGACGGUGGUUGGGGUUGGAACAGCGUUUGUCAGAAAUCGCCCCCAAACCCCAUAGCUCCCCAUCACCCCUGACAAUGAAUUGCGAUCAGUGGAGGAGGCCCAGCUAUACCCUGGCUACAAAAGAUAGUGAGAUGGCGGACAAUUGCUCAGUAUUCGGGAGUCAAACGUCCCUCGGCACAAUCACGGCAUUGGAAGUUGCCAGCAGCGGUAACCUGAAGGAGUUUGAGCGGAUCUACAACUUGGACUCGUCUCGGCUCAGUGUACAGGACUCCAAGGGGAGAGCACCCAUCCAUCAGGCGGCGUUAAAAGGACGUAUCCGGAUACUAGAUUUCAUAAACAGACAUGGAGGAGACCUCAACAUUAAGGACGGUUGUGGCAACACAGCCCUUCAUCUCGCCGUGGAGAUGUCACAGGUGGAAAGUAUUGACUUCCUGGUGGAUGCAGGAGCCGACGUCACCGCCAUCAACAGCAAGUGCAUGCCCCCGAUGCAUUUGGCGGCAGAUGGAGGACUCCUCAAAUCUCUGGAGGCGUUGCUAAAACACGACGACGUGGACGUGAACCAGAGAGGGGAAGAUGGCAUCACAGCGUUACACUUAUGUGCCCUUAAGAACCAAGACCGCUGUGCAGGAUUGCUGCUUGAAUACAACGCCAAGGUAUGCAUCACCUGCAACUAUGGUUUCUACCCUAUCCACUUAGCUGCGAAGUCGGCGUCCGCUGAAACCCUUGAGGUCCUCAUCCAGGCUGGAAUCAAGAACGGUUACAAGAGAGAAGCCAUGUUGUCCUUUAAGGACAUGGAGAACAACAUGCCGCUGCACUCCGCAGUCCACGGCGGGGACCUCAAGGUCGUUGAGGUUUGUCUGAAAGCAGGAGCUCCUGUCAACGCUCAGCAGGAUGACAAGUCGACUCCCCUUCACUUUGCGUGUGCCCAGGGCAACCUGGAUAUGAUCCGGACGAUGCAUGACAUGCAGACAGACAACUUCCUCUCCGCCAUCUUCAUCACCGACGUCCAGAACAUGACGCCAUUGCACAGGGCCGCCAUCUUUAACCAUGUCCCGGUCGUAGAAUUCCUCAUUGACAAGGGCGCUGACGUGAAUGCCAAGGACAUCCAGGAAAGAACUCCUCUCCUAUUGGCUGCUUCAAAGGGAGGCUGGGAGACAGUCACGUGCCUACUAAGCAACAAAGCUGACAUCAAGGCCAAAGAUCACAACAACAGGAACUUCAUGCAUCUUGCUGUCAAAUUCGGUGGCAAAUUAAACCAAUUUGGUUGUAGUAUUUUGCAGGGUAUACAGCAUUACCUAAACGAGAAGGAUGACUUUGGGUGCACACCUCUUCACUAUGCGUCCAAGGAGGGGCACCUCUUGGCAAUAGACGAUCUCCUUAAUAUGGGAGCCGUCAUCAGCCCCAAGAACAACAUGAAACAGUCUCCAUUCCAUUUCGCUGCAAGAUAUGGACGUUUCAACACUUGCAAGCGCCUUUUGGAGAGCCAGAAUGGGGCCAACAUCAUCAACGAGACUGACGGUGAUGGUCGUACGGCUCUCCAUCUCGCCGCCCUCAACGGUCACGUCAAGGUUGUAACCCUGCUUCUACAGAAGGGAGCGGUGGCAGCAAGGGAUAGGGAUAGCAACACACCGCUCCACCUGGCGGCGUCUAGCGACUACACACGGUGCAUGAGACUACUACUAGGAGUGCACGCCAACCUUCUCGACGUCUUCAACUUGCGCGGGGACACGGCCUUGCAUGUGGCAGCACUGAAGGGGAACACAAAUGCGGUCACGCUGCUGAUGACCAUGGGAGCAGAGUUCAGCAAAAACACCGACGGAAGGACGUUCUUUGACCACGCCAUUGAACAGGGGAAUUCCGAUGUGGCAAUGGGCAUCGUUGGUCAUGACAGGUGGGAGGACGCAAUGGACAUGUGUUCUACCCUCUACUGCGGCCCUAUGAUUGGUCUAAUCAAACACAUGCCAGAGGUCUGCAUGGCUGUGCUGGAGAGGUGCCAGACUCCGUCCAACCACGACAAACGAAGCAAAGACUACUAUAUAGAAUACAACUUCAAGUACCUGCGCUCUUCGCCCAGCCACAUGCUGGAGAAGAAGAAGCGAGGAGAGGAGUUUGAACCGAUGCCACAACUCAACGCGAUGGUGAGAACAGGACGGGUGGAGUGUCUGUCUCACUCAGUCUGCGUCAACUUCCUGCAGAUGAAAUGGAACUACUACGGCAAGUGGAUCUACUCCGCCUAUCUGUUCAUCUAUAUCGCCUAUCUGGCCUUGCUAACAACCUUCAUCAUCAACCACGACUCUCUUCAGCAUCAUGACCGGGGAGCCAUCGACAACAGCACGAUGAAGAUUCUGAAAGGGAACAACAACGGCGGCUACAUGUUCAAGCCAAUGUACGCAGUGGUACUGUGGUUGAUAGGAAUAUACGCUGUGAUCAACAUGAUCAAGGAGGUUUUCCAGAUGGUUACCCAGAAAUGGCGCUACUUCACAGACAAACAGAACUUCCUGGAGUGGUCCCUGUACAUUUCCACCCUCUUGUUCAUCGCCCCUUUCCUGUUCCAUCUGUCUUUCCACUGGCAGUGGGAGGCAGGGGCUCUGGCUGUUUUCCUGGCCUGGUUCAACUGCCUCGUCUUUCUGCAGAGGUUCGACUUCUUCGGCAUCUAUGUUGUGAUGUUCCUGGAGAUUCUGAAGACGCUCCUGCAGGUGAUCUGUGUGUUCUCUAUCCUCAUCAUCGCCUUCGGCCUCGCCUUCUUCAUGCUGCUCAAACACGAGGAGUCGAGAGCCUACUCUAGUCCUGGGUUGGCGUUAUUGAGGACGGUGACGAUGAUGUUGGAGAUGGACUACAUGGAAACAUUCAACGGGCCCUUCACCGACGACAACGGCAGCACCCUCCAUUUCGACACAUUGACGUUGUUCCUCCUGGCCGUGUUCGUUCUCCUCAUGCCCAUCCUUCUCAUGAACCUCCUGAUUGGUUUGGCUGUUGGUGACAUCGAGUCUGUUCUGAGAAAUGCCCGCCUGAAGAGACUUGCCAUGCAGGUUGAGCUUCAUACAGACAUGGAGCGAAAGAUGCCUAACAAGUUGCUGACCAAGGUGGACAAGACCACCCACAGGAUCUACCCCAACAAGUGCCGGCACGCGAUCUCUCAAGUGCUGUCAAUGGUGAUGUCUUAUGACGACGAGAGCAGCGACUUAUGCAAUGACGGCCAAAGUUGUUACAACAGCUACAUCUCCGGAGAACUCUACAAGCAGAAAACUAGGAUGAAGGAGCUAAGCGCAUCCAUUGACAAGAGCCACCAACUGCUGCGGCUGAUUGUCCAGAAGAUGGAGAUCCAGACCGAGGAUGAAGUGUGGGAUGAGGGUCUGGCCCCUUGCGACAGUCUAGAGUCAAUGCUUAACCCCUCGGGCAAGGGUGUGUGGCGGUCGUCCAAGAGCGGGAGGCAGAUGUUACAGCAGUCAAUGAUCGUCACCCGAUGGAAGCGGAACACGGAUAAGAUGUGAUAAGAUGGAGAUGGACGGAGAAGAAAAUAUUUGUGUCUGAAAUUAGAUGGCGGAGUUGAAAAGUGUGAAGCUAUUUCAAAAGGACUAGACAGUAUGCCAGAGGAGUGAAUGUGAAUGUGGUCAGAACAUGGAGUAUUUUGUUGCUGAUCAGGAGGAGACUGUGGAAAACAUGUGGAAGCAGGGGUUGGCAUGAUGAGUACAACAAACCAAAGACAAGAUUUGGACUCAGAGGGAAGUACGAGUGUUUGUGAUGAAAAGAAAUCACAUCCGGUGUCGCCACGCGACAAUAGUUGGACUUAAAUAGCAAACGUUAUCUGUCAUAUUUGAAUAAUCAGAUCACAAGCUAAGGUAAAUCAAUUGGUAUUACAAUUGUCUCACCAACGAAAUGCGUUGCAUCUGAUUCAUGGUCACGUAGAACCCUAUUGGAAAAAUUGUCCGGAAAAUAAAACUUUUCUUUGGGAAAAGCUAAUGGUAAUACAUAAGGUUUUAAGGUAACAAACCAUUAUGAUGUGAUAUCCUAAAAAUAUAUGUAUGAAAGAUAAAAUCGCGUACCUCCAAGGGGUGGGUGAAGUCUCGGCAACAAGUAAACGAUAGCGUAAUUUCGUAAACAAUACAUUUCACUGUAAAGCAAAGAUGUAUUCUGUAGUGACGACUGCUUGACACUAAGUUAAGCCCUACUAGAGAUUUUCUUGUAACUUUGAUGCCGAUACGUUAUGCAUAGUUGUACUGUGCUGCCCUAAAACUUUCAAAACGGGAAGACAAAAAUUGUCAAAAAGUGCAUUUAUUAUAAAAUGUUUUUUGUUGUUUACUCUUAUGUAUGUUUAUUGUUCCCAUGCAAACUCCCCAGUCGCUACGUCAUGUACAAUUAUGAUACACGUGUCCAUCAGUUGUUAUUAGUUUUACUUUUAUAGUCAAAAAGCACAAAUAUAGUUUGAACUACGAAUGCUUUAGCAUCCGUGAUUCAGUGUCAUACCGAAAAUUGCAAUAGUAACCUUUCAUCCUAUUACAGUAAGGAAUUCCGUCUAGAAGUUGAAUCUCGUCUUUAUCAGUAUCGUGUAGCUUGUACCAUCCGGUGUCAAUUUUAUAGGAUCGUUUGACAUUUGAACGUGGUUUUGUCAUGUGUCAUUUUGUUCAAUAAAUUCGUUUUUAUCUGUUCUA